AUGGCCGUCGGACUCGGAGAGACUAUUACUGUGAUUAACAAGAGUGGAAAGGUAGUGAGCAGUAGCAAGCACAUCGUCAACGUCUUCAAGGAGGCCAAGGCCGCCUACCGCGAGCGCAAGGCGGAGAUCAAAGCCGAGCGCGAUGCUGUCGUGAAGGAGAGGGAGCUCGCCAAGAGCGUCAAGGCUAUCCGCGUCGACGACGACGCCCGCUCUCAGGUCUCGCACCGUUCCAAGGCUUCCAAAGCUCACACCCACCGCUCCAAGGCGCACCAUGACCGACCCACCAUGGAGCGCGGCUACAGCGAUAGCUUCUACGCCAACGACAGCCCGCGCAGCAGCAAACAUCGUUUCGAAGAUGACCUUGGCGGACACGACGCACACAAUAAGGAGAUAGCCCGCAGGAAUUCCGACAUGGCCGUCCAGCGCUCAUCCGAAAGCAAGAGCCGAUCCAAGUCAGUCGACAUGGACCUUUGCUACGGCGACGUGCCCCCGCCUCUGCCCGAGAAGAAGUACAACGACGUCGAGCUAAAAGAGAAGGCUUCCAAGAUUGAGAUGCUGUUGGACGAGGCCAACUGCCUGCAACAUACUGCCACCGCCAUGAUCGAGAACCUACAGAAGAACCCCGAGGCGCUCGCCGCUGUAUCACUCACACUCGCCGAGAUCAGUGCCAUCGUCGGCAAGAUGGGACCAGGCGUGCUCAUGACGCUCAAGGGCAGCUUCCCCGCAGUUGCUGCUCUGCUCCUCAGCCCCCAGUUUAUGAUCGCUGGUGGUGUCGCUGUUGGUGUCACCAUUGUCGCGCUCGGUGGAUACAAGAUCAUCAAGAAGAUGCAGGUCCAGAAGGAGGUCGAGGCACCAAUGCCGGCCACGUCUCAAAUGCCGCUACCCGUCCGUGCUGCCACCAUGCCCGCUGCUAUCGAGGAUUCCAACAACCAGCUCGACGAGCUUGAACCCCAGGAACUAAGUCGCGUCGAACUAUGGCGCCGUGGCAUCGCAGACGUUGAGGCCAACAGCGCUGGCACAAGUGUUGACGGUGAAUUCAUCACACCCGAAGCAUCGCGCACCCUUUGCGCCGCUGGCGUGCUUGACGAAGACGACCUCAAGUCCCGUCGCAGCACCAGAUCCAAGAGGACCAGCGACUCAAAACACAAGGAGCACAAGUCACAUCGUGCACCAAAGUCCGAAGCCAGUGUCAGGACCAGCAAGGCUUCCGAUUCCAAGCGUCAUUCCAGUAAGGAAAAGAGCGCCUCAAGUAAGGUUGCCUCAAGUAAAGUCGCCCCCAGUGUCUCCAGCAAAUCCGGCAAAGAAAGCAGCAAGACCAAGAAGAAGGAAAAAGAGCCUUCAGGCUUGAAGAUGUUGUUCCGCGCUCACACCGUUGCCGUUUAA